GUUACACGAUCUCGAGUGCGAAGCACGUAUCUCAAUGUCAGAUAAUUUAUCGAGUUAAUAGUGAGCGAUCGCGAAUAUCAAUAUCAAAUUUUUGUUCAACUUCGGCACAAUUCUAAGUGAUAAUUGUGAAUAUACACAUACAUAUAUAGAAGAACAAAAAUAACAACAAUUUGAAUUUUUUCUUUUUUCACGUUUUGUUGAUGGUCAAAUAAUUGAAUGUAAAAAUUAUUUUAAUUUUGACGAACCUUUCAAUUAUCAACAACAUUUAUUUCUUAUAUGACAAAUUAAAAAAUCAUCGUGAUGGAGCUAUCUACAUUGUUGCUGACUAUCCUCGCAGUGGGUAUCUAUGUGUAUUAUUUUGUUCUAAACAAAUUAUCUCAUUUUGAGCGAUUAAAAAUCCCACAUGUGCGACCGAUUCCAUUAUUGGGUAACAUGGCGCCUUUUAUAUUCCAACGUACAUCUCUUGCGGAGCUCGUAUCUAAUAUAUACAAUCUUUUUCCGGAGGCGAAAUACAUCGGCUUCUACGAUCUUACAAAACCGGUGUAUAUCAUUCGUGAUCUGGAUUUGAUUACCACAAUAGCUAUUAAAAAUUUUGACAACUUUUGUGAUCAUCAAAACUUUGUGAGCGUCGACGAGCGAAUGGCCAGUAAAAAUUUAUUCGGUUUACGAGGCGAUCACUGGCGUGAGAUGCGGAAGCUUCUCAGUCCAGCUUUCACAUCCAGUAAAAUGAAGAUGAUGUUUAGACUCAUGUGCAAAUGUGCCGAGAAUUUCACCAAUUUUGUGGUAACACAAUCUGGAAAGAUUAGUAAGACAUAUGAUAUGAAAGAGACACUGUGCAAAUACACUAAUGACGUAGUGGCUACAUGCGCUUUCGGCAUUAGUGUGGAUUCAUUUAAAAAUCCAAAUAAUGAGUUCUUCUUGCUUGGUAGAAACGCCUUUACCUUUGGUACCCGGCUAUCUAUCAUGUUUUUUAUGAAUAAUCAUUUCCCAAAGCUCGCAAAGCUUCUCAAAUUGAAAAUGUUUGGUCCAAAAGUGGAAAAAUUCUUCAAAGAUGUCGUCAGUAGUACGGUAAAAAUCAGAGAUGAGCAGGGAAUUGUUAGACCAGAUAUGAUCCAAUUGAUGAUGGAGACUAGAAAUAAUGAUCAAGGACUCCAAUUCGACAUUGAAGAAAUGACUGCUCAGGCGUUUAUCUUUUUCUUUGGUGGAUUUGAUGCUGUAUCGACGGCCAUGUCUUUCAUGGUGCAUGAGGUCGCCACCAAACUUGAUGUUCAAAACAAAUUAAGAAAGGAAAUUGACCAUGUUGUCAGGGAGACCAAUGGCAAGCCCACUUAUGAAAUUAUCAACAGCAUGAAAUAUUUGAAUGCCGUUGUGAAUGAAUCUCUCAGAAUGUAUCCAGUGGCAAGUUAUCUUGAUAGGGUGUGUGUGAAGGAAUUCGAAUUGCCACCGGCGACUGUGGGUGGCAAAUCAAUUACAUUAAAACCCGGAGAUGCCGUAUGGCUUCCAAGUUACACUAUACAUCACGAUCCCAAGUAUUAUUCGCAGCCAAACAAAUUCGAUCCCGACAGAUUUUUGAACGGCGAUGUGGACAACUCGAGCUAUAUGCCAUUUGGUCUUGGACCCAGACUUUGCUUAGGUAACAGAUUCGCUUUAUUGCAAAUGAAGAUUAUGUUGUUCUAUCUAUUGUGGCGUUGUGAUCUUGAACGUGAUGCUAAAACCAGAGAUCCUAUAGUAUUGGAUAAAAAAUCACCUGUUAUAAUGGCGGAAGGAGGUUUCUGGUUGAAAUUAGGAGCAAGAAAAUCGACAGAUCUUUUGGAACAGUAUUUAUCGAACGAAAACAGAGAUUAAUAAUAUUCAUAAUUUAUAUGUGAAUUUUAAGUCGAACAACAAAAUUAUAGUAGACAUUAUUAUUAUCAAAUACGUACUCUCUCUUUUUCUAAUAUGAACAUUUAAUCCAAAAAAAUUAA